AUGAUUCGAAAUUCAAUGGAAUCCACAUCAAAUCACUAGAAAGAAUUGAAUUGCGAGGCUGCAACUAAAUGCAUGAGAAGAUUUGGAAUUAUAAAGUGCCAAAUACAUUAUUGUGGAAGAUCAGAGGAUGAGCACUUCUUCCAUAGCCUUUCAAUUAGAAGCUUCUUCCUCUCUCUCAUUCUCUUCUUCUUCCAUUCGUAAAUGGACUCACGAUGUAUUCUUGAGUUUUAGAGGUGAAGAUGUUCGCCAAAACUUUAUUUCUCAUCUAUACCAUGCUUUGCAUCAAAGGGGAAUCAACACUUACAUAGACAACAAUCUCGAAAGAGGAGAGGAAAUUUCGUCAAAACUUUUCAAAGCAAUUGAAGGAUCAAUGAUUUCUAUCAUUGUACUAUCUAAGAACUAUGCAGAGUCUCGAUGGUGUUUAGAUGAGCUAUUGAAGAUCCUCGAGUGUAAGGAAAUGGAAAAACAAAUUAUUUUACCCUUGUUCUACGAUGUAGAUCCGUCAGAGGUACAACAUCAAAAAGGGAGUUUUGGAGAAGCAUUCGCCAAACUUAGAUAUAAGUUGAAGGAUGAAGUAAAGGUCACAAAGUGGGAGGCAGCUUUGGAAAAAGUAGCCAAUUUGUCCGGACUCGAAUUAGGGGACAGGAAUGAAUCAGAGUUUAUUCAAGAUAUCAUUAAAUGGGUGGAUUCAAUAAUGGUAAAUCGUACAUUUCUUAAGGUUGCUAAGCAUCCAGUCGGAAUAGAGUCCCGCGUACGAGACAUUUUUCAACAUUUAAAUAUGGGAAUGAAUGAUAUUAUAUGCAUGAUAGGGAUAUUUGGAACCGGUGGAAUUGGUAAGACAACUAUUUCAAAAGAGGUCUAUAACAAGAUUUCUUACCAAUUCGAAGGAAGUUGUUUCUUGAAAAACAUUAGAGAAACUUCAAAAGUAGGAGGUCUGAUCCAACUACAAAAGACACUUCUUUAUGAGACUUUGGGAAUAAGUUUGGAAUGUCAUGAUACUGAAAAAGGCAUCAAUGUAAUUAGGCAUAGACUUUGCUUUAAAAGAGUUCUCCUAAUUCUUGAUGAUGUGGAUGACUUGGUUCAACUAGAAACAUUGGCUGGAGCUCGUGAUUGGUUUGGUUCAGGAAGUAGAAUCAUCAUAACAACAAGAGAUCAACAUUUAUUAAAUAUAUCUAAAGUUGAUUCAAAAUAUGAAGUAAAGAGAUUGGACCAUAAUGAAGCUCUUGAGCUCUUUAGUUGGCAUUCUUUUGAGGAAGACAAACCUAUUGAAGAUUAUGUGGAACUCUCUAAGCAAGUAAUGCAAUAUGCUGAGGGCCUUCCACUAGUUUUAACAGUGCUAGGCUCAGAUUUAAGGGGUCAGAAUAUAAAUUAUUGGAGAAGUACAUUGGAUAAGUAUAAACGAAUUCCUAGCAAAAAUAUUCAAAAAGUACUUUGUAUAAGUUACGAUGGAUUGGAUGAUAAUGAGAAGGAGAUUUUUCUCGAUAUUGCCUUUUUUUUCAAUGGACAAUACCUGGAUCAUGUCGUUAAAAUUUUAGAUAGCUGUGGUUUCUCUCCGGAGAAUGGUAUCAAAAGGCUUAUAGAUAAAUGUCUCAUUACAAUUACUACUUACAAUACAUUGUGGAUGCAUGAUUGGCUACAAGACAUGGGAAAAGAAAUUGUCCGAAAGGAAUCACCCAAAGAACCAGGCGCACGUAGUAGAUUAUGGUUUCAUGAAGAUAUUCGCCAUGUACUAGAGGAAAAUACUGUAAGUUCUUAG